ACGGUUGCCAAGCCAUGGAAGUCCCGCAGCAAGCGAGCGAGCGAGAGGAAGGCCCCAACAGAACAGAACCCUAGAGUAGAAUAGAGUGGAGAAGUUGUGCUCACUCUUUGUUCUUUCCUUCACAAGCUUCCCCCCAUUUGUGCUCUGCUGCCGCGUUGUUGUGUUUGUCUGGGUUGUUUGCUAGUGUCGUGGAGGUGGAGAAGCCAGGAGAACGUUUUCUGGAGAUGGCAGCGCAAGUUGCAGCACCACCUCCGGAUUCGCAACCGCGAGGUCCUCCGCGUAAUGUCAUGGGUGCUCCCAGAGGACAACCUGGCCCGCCUCGCAAUAUUCCGGUGGUGGACCGAGAGAAGACCUGCCCUCUGCUGCUGCGAGUCUUUACGAAGAAUGGCGGGCACCACACUGUGGAAGACUUCAGCGUUCGGGGGAAAGAACCGAAGGACGAGGUUCAAAUCUACACAUGGCGGGACGCCACUUUGCGGGAGCUAACUGAUUUGGUGAAGGAGGUAGCUCCGGCAGCAAGGAAGAGAGAUGCCCGGUUGUCGUUCGCCUUUGUGUACCCUGACCGACACGGUCGCAACGUGAUUCGCACGGUGGGCAUGACGCACUCCACCCCGUCUGCAAGAAGAGGUGAUGAUUUUCGGAGUCUUGCGGAGCUUCAAUUCCAGACGGGGGACUUUCUGGAUGUUGCAAUUUUCAACUGAGUGGACGUACAGGAGUCCGUGAUCGCCUUUGAAGUCCAUGCGGGCAGCUUGAGGCCGCAGUGGUAUGUUCCAUGCAGGCCGCGCAGGAGCAGUGCACUGGGGGUGAGAGCGAUGGAAGUUGGAUGGGUGGGUGGGAUGCAUGUGGAGGGGUUUUCCUCGGCAGGGUAUCGCAUUCAUGGACAAAGGAGCGAAGCAGAGAUGUUGAGAACAGGGGGGGGGGGGGGGUUAGAGAGUGUGGUCCAGGAUAGGGUUUAGAGGGAGGAUAGCGGUGUAAGCGCAUGUAGCAAAUUUAUGCAAGGAUGAUGAAGGAAAUUGUACAAUGUUGGUGUGGUGCUGUGGUGCACAAAGCCAUCGGUGGUCGGGGUAUAUGGCUAGCUUGUGGGUGUGGCGUGGGAAUGGAAACUGACUGGUCUUUCUCGUGCU